AUGCCCGCGCGAUCGUGGGCGGGCGCUGUAGCGCUGCGCUUGUCGCGCAGUGGCGGAGCCGCGGGGCCGGCCUUCCGCGCGCCAGCGGCCGUCCUGCGCGCGAGACUGCUCUGUAAGACAGGCAGCGGUAUCUUGCGCACACGCUGUCACCCCUGCUCCCUUCCGCCUCUCGUUUCGCUCCUCCUUGCGCCUCCCCCGUCAUCUCUUUCGCAGUUCUCCACGCUUCAAUGUCUCGUCCCGUUUCUCCUCUUCUGCCCCGCACCGCUUCUCAUCCCCUUCCGCCCGUCCGCCGUCCCCACGCCAGCGUCUCUCUCCGCGCCAUCCGCGACAUCCGCGCCAGGCGCACCUGCCGCAACAUCCAUAUCAACACCAUCGGUACCACCAUACCCAGCGCCAGAGCCGCCAACGAUCACGUCCCGUGUGGCGUCGCUCCUCCAAUGGCUGCAGGAGAAUGGCGGGCAUGCAGGCGCCAUCGCUGUAACCCCUGACUCCCACGGCGGCCUCUGUCUCACCACGAGUCGCAGCGUGGGCAAAGGCGCGCUGCUCCUCUCCGUGCCUCCCCGCCUGCAGCUCGGCCGAGCCUGGCCCGCAGGCUCGGAGGGGGCUGGAGGGACGGCAAGAGAAGGGAGAGAAGGGGAAGGAGCAGGAGCAGCAGGAGCAGGAGGAGCAGGAGGAGGAGCAGUAGGAGCAGAAGGAGCAGGAGGGGAAGCGGAGGAAGAAGCAAGGGCCUUUGUGGCAAUCAGCAAGAUGGGGCAGCUUGUGCCUUCGUCCCUCUGGUCUCUCCGCCUUGGCCUGCAUUUGCUGCACCAGCAACGGCGACAUGCAACCCCCGACACUCCCACAACACCCGCAGCAUCUCCAUUCUCCUCCCCAUCUCCCCCCGCCUCCCCAUCCUCUCCCUCCUCUUCCUCCUCCGCUACCCCAGCCACUCCCUCUCCUCCCCCAUCUCCCCCUCUCCCUGCCCCCCAAUGGGACCCAUACAUCGCUCUCCUCCCGCGAUCCCUCCCCCUCCCCAUCUUCUUCUCGCCUGCUGCUGUCGCUGCUCUCGGGUACCCGCCACUGCAGGCCGAGUUGGCCAAGCGCAGCACAUUCCUGCGCCGCUUUGCCUCUGAGUUCAUGCCAGACGUGGUGGAGUCGCUGCAGGCAUCCCAACGCUGCCGCCUCUUCGGCAAUGAGCCAGCCUCCCCCUCGGACCUUGCAUGGGCCAUGGGUUGUGCCUCCUCCCGUGCCUUCCGAGUGCCUGCCAUCACGAGGGAGAGAAAGGGAGAUGCGGGCGAUAGUGGGUUGUCGGAUGGAAGAGGAGGGAGUGUGGGGAAGGAGGAGAAGGAAGGGGGAGGUGGGGGUGGAGAGGGGAUGAAGAGGAGGAGAGGGGAGGAAGGCGAGAGGGUGUUUCUGCCAGUGAUUGAUCUGGCGAAUCAUGAUGCCAAUCCAACGGCUAAGAUCUCUCUUUUGCCAGAUGGCACUGCAGAGCUCCGCGCCCUCCUCCCACUGCCUCCCAGGCACGCCAUUACCAUAGACUACGGGCGUCUCUCCACGGACCUGUUUCUCCUGGACUAUGGCUUUGCGCCUGCAAACAACGCCUACGACACGCUCCCCAUGUCCUGCGGCCUUCCCCUCAUUGAAGCUGCUCGCGCUGCUGCCGGGCUGGAUGGGUUGGACGGGCGCGAUGGGGGGGGCGGAGCAGGGGGGAGGGGGAGGCGGAGGGGCGAGGGAGACGGGAACAGAGGAGAAGAGGGCCAGGAGGCUAGAAGGGCCCUUGGAUCCCGAGGCAGGGGGGGGCGCUAG